UAUUACUAAAACACAAUAAUUAUUUUCAUCAUGACUACAAUCAGACCAUUUACAUGUGAAGAUAUGUUAAAAUUUAAUAAUGUGAACUUGGAUCCUUUGACCGAAACCUAUGGUUUAUCGUUCUAUACUCAAUACUUGGCUCAUUGGCCAGAGUAUUUCCAAGUCGCAGAAUCACCCAGUGGGGAAAUAAUGGGAUACAUUAUGGGAAAAGCUGAGGGCCUUGGUGAGAACUGGCAUGGACACGUUACUGCAUUGACUGUCAGCCCUGAUUACAGAAGGCUUGGGCUAGCAGCUACUUUGAUGAGUAUUUUAGAAGAUGUGUCAGAAAAGAAAAAGGCAUAUUUUGUGGACUUAUUUGUAAGAGUGAGCAACAAAGUAGCCAUCAACAUGUAUAAGAACUUGGGCUACAUUGUCUAUAGGACUGUAUUAGAAUACUAUUCUGGGGAUCCAGAUGAAGAUGCCUAUGACAUGAGAAAAGCCUGUUCGAGAGAUGUGAAUAAGACUUCUGUUAUACCUUUAGCUCAUCCCGUUAGACCUGAAGAUGUGGAUUGAUUUAAUGAAAAAAAUAUACCAAUAAAAUUGACAUCAUUUUUU